UCGCGAUCACGCGCUCUCCUCAGAAUUUAUCGUGACCAAUUUUAUAAUAUUUGUCGGAUGUCCAGACUUUUUUGCUUCAUUUUUACGUACAUAUACGAUCGUUCCUCUGUCGCACGCGGGAUUUCGUAGACAUGAUAUCGUCAUGAUGGACGAUGACACAUACGAGGCGUUGAAUAUCGUACAUGCCAGGCAUCACCCGAGCCUCUUCAAGUGCGGCGACGCGGCGGCGAAGAAGCAAAGUGGCAGCUUAUUCAUCCUUCUGAAUCGUUGCCAAUCGCGGCCCGGAGCGCAAUUUUUAUGGCACGUUAUCCUCGUUUUGUUAUAUAAUUAUUGGGACGCUAUUGUAUUUUACUCAAAGACUCCGCGUUUUGUAGGAAAACGUUGCGACAUCCCACUCGAAAUAUCGAGAUUCUUAACGAAAGAUUCGAGGUCGUCGAAUUCUGUUUGAACCCGGACAACCAGAGUAUCGUCGAAAAUCUGACGUCGUGCUUGAGACACGUUUACCGCCUCACUAACGUUGUUAUGGACCGACAUUUAGCGCAGCAAGCUAAGGUCUCUGACUGGCGACGAUUGCACAAGGUCCAUCACGCUUUUCAAUUUUUAAUCGACCAACUCGAUAAUUUACUCGCGCGGUACUCAUUAUACGCGCGCGCGCGAAAUGCGCGUCCUAUAUUCUAUUUUUUUGUAUUUCACGCCGCAGACGGUUUCCUCUAUAAUUUACAUCGCCGACAUAUGCGAGAAGCACCGCGAGAAAGUAAGGCUGUUCCACAAAAUCGUCGGCAGUAUCACGAAGGAGGUGCGUUACGUCAAGUAUUUCAUCGAGUACAUGGUGGACUUGGGCGCGAAGAGAUCCGAGAACGAUUUCAUCAUACGCGCGAACGUGGAUUCGCACUUGGACAAUCGUGAGUUGAUCUUGAGCCCCUUCGCGUAACAGUGUGACUUUCGAAAAUUGCAUUAUCGCGUUGCAUGGUGUACGUGAGAGUACUCGUGGUACCCUGACAGUCCAAACGUUGCGUGUUACAUUUCCAUCCGGGAAUACCCAGUGCACCACGUGAGAAGCACUUUGCCCGAGACCCUGUCGCGGAUGGGACAGAAGGACAUGAAGGAGCACCUUCCGGACUCGGUGACGAUCUGCAAGAUGGUGUACAUACCGAAUAUCGGGUAUCUCCUAGCGAUAACCGGAUGGAAUCCGUCGCCGGCCGAAAAGGCGGUUCUGGAACAGAAUCUGGAGCUAAAAUUCGUCAGCAACAACACAAGUUAUUAUAAGAGUCCCAGCGCCAGAGAAUUAGACGAGACCAUAGGAGAUAUAUGUCUGAGGAUACACAAGCGGGAGAGUGCCGUUAUGUUGAAGCUCGUGAAGUACAUAAAUAAGCACGCCGCAUCGAUUUUCAGUGCGAUUCAAUUGUGCGCCGAAUUAGACACAUUGCUGGCGUUUCACGUGGUCGCGCGAGAGCACAAUUACGUGAAACCGAACAUGGUGGACCGGCAGGUCAUCGCGGUGGAGCAGGGUCGCCAUCCCUUGCAGGAGUUCCUGACGACGUUCGUUCCGAAUGACACCUAUUCCGGGGACGGCAAGAGCCUCGUGAAAAUCCUGACCGGCCCGAACGCCUCCGGCAAGAGCACUUAUCUCAAGCAGGUCGCGCUGAUCGUGUUCAUGGCUCACAUCGGCUGCUUCGUGCCGGCCAAAUCGGCCACCAUCGGAAUAGUGACUCACAUCCUGACGCAGAUCACGUCCGUGGACAGCAUCGCUCUAAAUACGAGCAUGUUUCUGCAGGAUAUGCGGCAGAUAAACUCCGCUCUUUACGCGUCCACGCCAAACUCGAUCGUUAUUCUGGACGAAUUCGGAAACGGAACGUCCGAGGUGAGUGGCUUGUCACUGCUCGCGGCCGUGUUGAAUAAUUUCAUCGAGCGAGGGACCGAUUGUCCGCACAUUUUCGUGGCCACGCAUAUGCAUCGGGUAAUGAACAUGUUGCCGCAAAGCCCGAUAAUCGAGGAGCAGACUUUCGAGUUUGUUACAAACGAGAACGGCUCCGUGGCGUAUCUUUAUAGUUUAACUCGUGGACAAGUGGCUCGCAGCUUCGCACACGCGGCUGCACGAAGCGCGGGUUUGGACGAAAAGAUUGUCAAACGAGCAUUGGAGGUGCGAUUGGUAUACGAAAAAUUUAAAGCUGGCGAAUUACCUUCACGAUUACCGGAAGCCAAAGGCCAAGACAUAACGAUAUACAUCAUCGAACAAUUAUUAAAGUCGGAAAAUUUCAAUCUGGAAGAAUUGAAGGCGUUGGUCCGUCAAGCUACGGAAUCGCCUGCUGUAAAGAUGAUAAUCAAGAAAAAUUGAAACCGAAGAAAAGAGAAGAUCGAUAUACAUGUAUAAUUCGUAUCAGUCAAGUUCGUUGAGUCAAAUCACGGAGUCAUAAGCUAUUGAAAAAAUAAGAAGAAACAAGAUGUUUCACAAAACUUUAAUUUAUUAUAUUAAU